AUUACCCACUAGCGGGUCGAUUACGCUGGAUCCAUGGCGGCUGACUGGAACUCCAUUGUAAUGCCAAGGGAGCGCAGCUAUUGGAAGCUUAUUCAGAAGUAAAACUUGAUGAACUUGGGGACUUUGCACCAACAAAGGCAGUCGAAGAUUUGGUCCCUAAGGUUGAUUAUGGUAGUCCUAUUGAGGAUUGGUCUUUGAUGCUGGUGCAAGUCACAAGGUUUAGUUGUGGCGGUCUCUGUGUUGGAACAGCCAUGUCCCACACAGUAGUUGAUGGAUGGUCCGUAGCUAAAUUCUUCAACGCAUGGACCAAGUUGGCUCGAGGAGAUGAAUUGGAGGCGAAUGAGAUGCCUUUUCAUGAUCGCACCAUAUUACUAUCACCCGAACCACUUCUGCCUCCACGCUUUGAGCAUAUAGAGUUCACAAAACCACCACUCCUAUUAGGACACACGGAUGCCAAAGAGCAGCAGAUGAAAGAAACUUGUGCCACCAUAUUGAAAGUCGCCAAAGAGCAAGUCGAGGGACUAAGGAAGAAAGCCAACGAGAUCCCACAUCAAGACAUGGAAAUGGUGGUGACACAACCUUAUUCUCGAUACGAAGCAGUCGCUAGCCACUUAUGGAGGUGUAUAUGCAAGGCACGAGCGAGUGAUAACUCUCAGCCAACAAGAGUUUCCGUAGCGGUUGACAUUCGUAGCCGCUUGAACCCGUCUCUCCCCGCAGGAUACUUUGGUAACGCAACUCUUCUCACAGUGACAUCAAAAUGGGUCCACGGCGACCUAUUGUCCAAGCCACUUAGUUAUGCUGCUGGAAAACUAAGGGAAGCCAUCGAGCGUAUGACAAAUGAGUAUGUAAGGUCUGCUCUUGAUUUUAUAGCUGGCCAGGAUGAUGUGAGUACUUUGAGGGGUGGCUUCCAUAUUCGUGCAUACACAAAAACACCUAAUUUCUUAGGAAAUCCCAACGUUUCAAUUGGAAGUUGGAUUAAUUUUCCAUUCUAUGGUAUGGAUUAUGGGUGGGGAAAGCCAAUAUACAUCGGUCCAGGAUUAUUAAAUGACGAUGGCAAGUCGUUCAUCAUGUCAAGUCCAACUGCUGAUGGAUCUCUCCUCAUAGCACUCCGUUUGCAAACAGAAUACAUGGAUUCUUUUAAGAAGAUCUUUUAUGAGAGCAUUGACAUUGACUUCAUCAAAGCCAUCUCUAAAAUUUAGUGAAAAGAUAAAUGCGGGAAGAGGUGGUCGGGCUAUAUAUGCAUUGUCACCAAGCGAAGUUGCUGUUGGCUGUACAAUAUGUUGAUUUUAUCCAGUUCCUUGUUUGUUUCCAUGAGGUUGUUAGUUGAGAAUAAAAGAGAUCUAAGUGAUUGGAUAUCAACUACUUUUGCAUA